AUGAUCAGCUCUGGCUCCAUUUCAACCGUCUUCCUGCGGACAUCAUCCGAUAUCAUUGAAGCCAUUGCUGCAGAGGAGAGGUUGACAUAUAACUGUGGAAACAAUAUCCAAGACAUCAACAUCAGCCAAACUAAAAAGAUACACAGCUUCAUAGAUGGAACAAUCACAUGUUUGUGCACAACUUUGUCUCGAUGCCCACUCGGCCACAUGGAUGUUCCUUUCAAGAUGUUAGACUGCCGCCAUGUAUUGCUCCUAAACAUGAAGAAGCUUGCUUGGAUUCACCAACCUGAAAAGAAAGACACCAAGGACUUUAACAAAUACUGGACAUGA